AUGAAAGUAGUUUCAUGUGUUAAAGCUUUUGCUGGUCUUAUGCUGUUGGGCCCUUGUCAAGCCGCCCGACAGGAUCGCAGCAAUGACUUCUUUGAUCCUCCUGCUGUCCAACGACCCAGGUUCAGAUAUUGGCUUCCCGAUGGCACCGUUGAUCCCGAAAAGGUCAAGUCAGACAUCCAGUCUGCUGGCGAGAUCGGAGCGGGAGGAGUCGAGUUCUUGCCCUUCUACAACUACGGCGGCCAGCUAGGGCCGCCGCCUGUGGGGGUUAACUGGUCGACUUCUGGUUUCGGAACCCCGGACUUCAUCAAGACUCUCAUCGCAAGCCUCGAGGCCCACAAAGAAUCUGGUCUGUUGAUGGACUUUGCGAUUGGUCCGAACCAGGGUCAGGGCGUGCCUGCUGAUCCUAGCAAUGAAGGUCUUCAAUGGGAUCUGUUCGCCGAGACACAGGCCGUCACCGCCGAUGGGCACUUCAACGGCACCAUACCGGGAUGGGGAACCGGGCAGCUCGUCUCCGCUGUGUCAGCAAUUGUCACAUCCAGAACAAACGUAACAGUCAACACAACGUCAAUCAUCGGGACGGCAGAAAUUUGGUGGGAGGAAUUGGUCUUGCGGAAUGGCUCCUUGAGAGACAUCACUUCCAUGAUCUCACCUACUGGCGAACUUUCAAUCGAUCUCCCCAACAGCUCAUCCAACGCGUCUGACUACGAACUAUUCUUCUUCUACCAGAAUUUGUCUGGACACAAGAACCUAGUCUUUGCAUCUAACAGAACCGAGACAAUCUGGGACAAUGGGUCCUACGUUGUCGAUCACUUCAGCAGCAAAGGUGCCGAGGUUGUCCGUGACUUUUGGGAGCAGUAUAUUUUCGUCGACAACGUCAAAGAGCUUCUCACGGAGGUUGGAAACUACGGCAAGUCACACCUAAUAACCUCUCAUUAUGAUGUCUAA